AUGGCGAAUGACAAAUCUAAGAGUUCCUCGCCAGCUGCAGAGCAAUCACCUCCUCGAGAUGCUGACAGCCCUGAAGAGGCUCUUCUCGAAGCGGGUGAUGACGACUCAGCACUUGGAGUUACCGAUGAUGAGUUAUCGACCGCGUCUUUGCGCUCCAGUAUUUACGAAUACCAUAUGAUCAAUGGUCGCGGAUAUCAUAAAGAUGAGAAAUACUGGCUUCCAAGUGAUCAAAAUGAAUCAGAACGCCUAGAUCUCCAGAACCACCAGCUCCUCUUAACUUUUGGCGGCAAGAGGUACUUCUCUCCCAACGCUGACACAGCAAAGCGAGUCCUUGAUGUCGGAACUGGCACGGGAAUUUGGGCGGUCGAGUUUGCCGAUGAACAUCCCCACGCUGAGGUCUUUGGUAUCGAUAUUGCUCCUAUACAGCCAGAUUUCGUCCCUCCCAACUGCACCUUUGAGAUCGACGAUGCCGAGAAGGAAUGGACGUGGACUAAGCCCUUCGACUAUAUCUUCGUCCGUCUCAUGGUCGGCAGCAUAGCAGACUGGGACAAGCUGAUCCGCCAAUGCUACGAGAACUUGGAACCCGGAGGCUGGGUCGAAGUCAUCGACCCAGUAUUCCCCGCCAAAUCCGAAGACGGAACCCUCAAGCCUGACUCACCCUUACACCGAUGGGACGAACUAACCGCCAAAGGCGCCUUAGCUCUCGGUCGUCCCUUUGACGAAGGCGUGAACCACGAAAAGCGUCUUAAAGAAGCCGGCUUUGUCAACGUCACGCGCAAGGCGUUUAAAUGGCCUACCAACACUUGGCCCAAGGAUCCAAAGUUCAAGGAGAUUGGGCUCUGGACCCUUGCUAAUAUCGAGAGGAAUCUUGAGACUAUUAGUAGCUUUUUGCUGAGGCAGGGACUUGGGAUGAGUCAAGAGGAGAUUCUGGUGUUUAUUGCUGAGGUUAGGGCUGAGAUGAGGAAUUUGAAGGUCCAUGCUUAUUGGGAGGUGUUUGUUGUUACUGGGCAGAAGCCAGAGGAGCAGGCCCAAGAGUAGGCACAUCAAUUCAAGAGUACAGAUAUUGGAACGCGGAUUUCUUCAUGGUUCGAAAUAGGCUCACAGAUAUGGACGCAUUUCUUAACAGGUAAAUUACUCGAUAUAUAACAUGUGAUCAAAGCAAACACCUGAAAACAUUAUUAUUCCUAUUGCAUUAACGAGCAACGCCUUGAACUCCAGGUGUGAAGGUAAUAAUAGAAAGACUCCGAGCCUAACAUAACAGUCUAAGGCGUCGCACCAGCCAUCAAAUUUGUCCUCUCCUCCCUCUUCGCCUGCUUCAACGUCCUCACCCGCUGAAUACUCUGCCACUUCUUCUCCCGCCUCUUAUCCCUCAGACACAUGCCCACCAAAACCGCCAUGCACCCCGCAAUAAGCGCCCCAAAGAAAGUCGCUACGACAAUACCUUCAGUUCCAAUGUCAUUAUGCUGUUCCAUGCAGACUGUCGCGCCAGAGUCGGGGUGGAUCUCGCAGAAGAGACCGGGGGCGCAGGUGCUGGAUGUCAUGCGGUUGGUGAUGCAUGAUGCGCUUUCGGUGCGGCCGUCGGUUGUUAUGGAGCAUACUACGCUGGUUGAGACUGUUGUGCUAUAGCAUGAUGCGCCGGGCUCGGUCGCUGUGAUGCUGCUGCUUGAUGUAGAGGUUGAGUCGGUCGAUGAUUCGGUGGAGGUUGAUUCGACGGUUGAUGAGGAUUCUUGGGUAGUUGUUUCUUGUGUUGUAGACUCUUCGGUCGUCGACGUGGGCUCGUCAGUCGUCGUUGGUUUGUCCUCCGUUGUCGUAGUCUUCUCUUCCGUCGUGGUCGGUUCGUCUGUUGUAGUCUCUUCGGUUUUUUGAGUCUCCGAUUUUGUUUCCGUCGUUUCCGACGAAUCCGUAUCUUGUCGCCGAACCCAUUGUCGCCAUCGUUGCACUAACGGCCCCUUCUCCCAAGGAUCUUGCUGCACCUUCUGCGCAUUGAGGGGAGCUUCGUGGUCACGGUUUAUAGCGGUCGGUGCAUCGUAAUAUGACGGAUCGGGCGGUACGUCAUUUGGCUGAUGGCCCGCGACCAGUAAAGCGGGCAGGGCAAAGAAUGGGGUCAGGGAAAGGAAGCGCAUGCUGAAAUUGCAAGAAUAAAUGACAGAACGAAAGAGGGAAUGAUUAAAGUUUUAAGUCCAAGAGCCUGCUGAGAUGGCAGAAGAAGGUUUGCAGAAAGACAAAAUGUUUUCUU